GAUGCUUCCAAGACCCGGCUGACGGCUGCAGCGGGCUCGCUGAAGGUGUUCUGGCAGGUGGUCAAGAAGCACCACCCGAACAGCCUUGUGUGUGGCACUGUGAAGGAGGACUUGGCCGCUGUUGCGUCCCGUGCGCGGACUUUGGAGGGUCCGACAAGCCCGGUGUAUGUGACUCACGGCAAGUUCCUGUCGCGAAAGAAGAUUCCGCUUUUCGUGCUUGAAUGCACCCCGGCUCUGGAUAUGGGUAUGGUCGAAGACACCCACGAGGACUACGACUUGUACCAGCUUUUCCUGACACCCCAAGAUUGCGGGCACGCAGGCACCGCCCGCGAGCGCACGUACGUGAUUGGGUCGCACAAGGAACGGACGUCCUGCAAGCAGGAUCCUUUCCAAAUGCUUGAGAAGUGCCGCCGAAAGAUGCGGACGGUGCGGACGCAACCCAAGGACUACAUGGUGGCAGAUCCUUGGGAAAUUUCCUUGGAAGCCAUGACAGUCAUCAAUCGCCGCAAAAUGUCCUGGACUCCGCAUGCUAUGGGAGAGAAUGUGGACCUCCGCGGUUUGUUGACUACCAGGGAGCAAGCGGCACUUCAGGAGUAUGAGGCCGAAUAUAGGAGACGCUAUGCUAAGGACCCCAGCGCUGACAAAAACUUGGUGCUGUUCUUGGGAGACAACCCCUCGUACUCCUUGAUCUGGAGCGCCGUGAGCAAGCGUAUACCCACACUGCGAAUGAAUUCGAGAACUGGCUUGUUGUGGCUACCUUCUCGGAACCGGUGGAUGGUGGCCCGCGAGCGGCUGGCCACCCUGGGGUGGCCUGUUACCUUGGACAUGGCUUCAGGGAUGGGGGCACCGCUGGUGGAGGCCCGCGAUUAUCUGAGGGCAGCAGAAUUGGCAGGAAAUGCAAUGAGCCUUCCAUGUGUCGCUCUCGCCCAGCUCAUAGCACUGGCAUGUUUUGCACCGAUGGCUGCUCAGUAA